AUGGUUGUGGACGCCGACAGAUAUGUUCUCAAACUGGAAAAGAGACUUGCACAAAUGGAGAGAAAUUUAAAAGCACAAUCUGCAGCUCAAAUCAGCGCUGAAGGGACAGGGACCCUCUUGCAUCCAUUUGCAUCGAUCGUUGACGAAGACUCUCAUCCUCACAAGGCGGCGCAUCAGUCGGUUCCCGUUUCCGAAGAGAGUCUCGUAUCCGACCCGCCUAACUUCUUGCGAGCGUGCUCAGCAGAUGCGACCGUUGAAAACCCACCAAAUUCCUCAACCGGGGCAGUCAACUUACAAGUGCAAGCUGGGGUAAAUCAUUGCGAAUAUUAUGUCGGCCAGCAGAGCGAUGCGGAAGAUGCAUCAAUUGGCACCGUAUCGAUUCCGAUCGACAUAACGCGACUUGAGAAGUCGCUAAUGCACGUGCUGGUUGACCUAUUCUACCACUCCAUCUAUCCAAUAUUUCCGAUCAUCCACGUCCACAACUUCCGACCGCAAUAUGAUCACUGGCUCUGUGGCCAAGAGGUCGGUGGGAUUAGUGACAACGCCAGCGACAACAACGAGUUUCCUUUCCUCUUGUAUGCCCUACUCGCGGCAGCAGCCUCAGUGAUACCGAGUGAACACCCGAUAUUUGAUCAAGAGGAAUGCAGGAUCUAUAAAAGGGCAGAACUGGGCAAUCUCCUCUACUUGCAUGCAUCAUCUCUGAGCUCAGAUAGAGCAUAUCAGCGGAAUACAACUUCUGCGAUCAAUACAGUUGCCGCACACGGGAUCAUGAGCUUAUACUUGACAGAGUCAGGCAGAGUGACUGAUGCUUGGGUAACUGCCGGUCAUGCAAUGCGUCUUUAUCAAGGCUUGGAUGUGGAAGAUGACGGCGAUGGUGAUACGAACUUGAAAUCAGAUGCCGCCGAAGCUUUCUCGACACGAAGCAACAUAUGGCGGUGCUUGUAUAUACUUGACCGGUCUCUGUCAACGGCACUUCUAAAGCCGCUAGCAAUUGAUGAUGUCGAAAGCGACACCGAAUCAUUUGAUGGCGAGAACGAUCAAGUAUCGGCCCCAGAGGCAAAAACAGACCCUUGGUUCUCAGUCGUGGUAGACUUUCAUGUUACUAUGGGUCGAAUCUAUAGAUCAGUUCGACAGAUUCGCAAAUCUCAGUCAUCCCAAGACCCAAAACUGAGGGACACGUUGAAAUCGUACGUCAAAAAACAUGAUGCAGAGCUCGAGAACUACUAUACCAAGCAAGUUCUUCCAAGAAUAGAAACCACAGACCGAAAAGUAGAUUCUAUUGCUUUGCAGACAAUCGCGGUUUCUUCAUAUUAUAUUGGGGUUGUGCUUCUAUACCGAACCUUUAUCGAAAGACUGAGCAUUACGGAGCCCGAAGCUUUCCUGCGCUGUGCCGAGGCUGCAUCAAAUUGCAUCAAGGUUACUCCCGAAGUGAUAGCCAAAGUCCCCGCUAGCCACUUUGUGAUACAGCAAAGUCGGGCAAUAUAUGCAAGCACGAAGGUGCUUUUACAUUGUAUGCGUCUGGCUCGGAAUCCGACUUUCUCUAACAAAGCAUGGUCCGACGUUGAGACCGGUUUCAACAUGCUCGGGGAUUUUAAGAUUCAAUGGCCCGAGAUCAAUAAAUAUCAAACACUCAUUGAGCAAGACAUGAAGCUUACACAGAUUGAUCUGAACAAACACGACAUUUUCAACAGAACUUUCGACCAAUAUGGCCAGUUCACGAUCUACCAACAAUCCAGGUCAAGCGAAACCAUGGGCGUACCAUACAAUUGUAAUCAUGCAGAUCGAAUAGACAGUGAGAGACACAUGGGACCCCAUCAUCGAAAAGGAAAGAAAAGACCACUUGGGACUAAUGAGAGAGCCCAAUCUCACUCCGUCGCACCGACUUGUGAACCACGGCCAAAACGAGCCAACCCUAUACCAAACGCCAUUGUACCACCUUCACCUCUCGAUAACAACAUACUGAGUAUUUUCAACGAUUCCGAGCCAUCAGAUAGCUAUAUUAUGACUGAGCAGCCGACAAUGGAUGAUGACCUUCUUCUUGGCGACUUGAUUUCCCAACCAUCUACGCUCGGGGACCCCUCAUUGGACCUUUUCGGCGAUCCAAUGCUGAUGAAUUCGAUUGAUAGCUUUUUCUCGCAAUAUGAAGAUUGA